CGCGAUUGUAGUGCGUGCGGCCUGCGCUACGUUAAAGCCCCCGCAUAAGGGAAAGCCGAAAUGAAAACGUAGCAAUGUAGCAACGUAGGAAGUAGCAACGUAGCAACGAAGCAACGUAGCAACGAAGCAACGCAGCAACGUAGCAGCGCAGCAAACAUGCGAACGUGCCAACUUGCCAGCAUUUGCGAAAAACGCAAAAACAUAUGCCACGCAAAAACGUUUAGCAAACCGCUCGAGUAUACCCCCUUCCUUCGUAUCACGGCGCGCCUGAGGCAACGCUUGCCAAUCCAACUUCUGCAAUUGCGACUUUGCGUAUUCGUUACCUCUGCGAUCAGCACACAGCGUUACAGCGCAUGUAUGUACAUAUGCGUUUUUUUUUUGUUUUUUCCACCCUGCAUCAGCCCUUUGUAAUUGUUCCCCACGCUCCGUUCGACGUGUAGCGUACGGCGCAUAGAGUGCAGCGAAUAGCAAAGAGAGGAAAUUUCUUUUCGCUGAUCCGCUUCCUAUCCCGUGAGUGGCCACCCUGACGAUACGUACCUCCCCCCGCUUAGUCGAAGCACCUACCCUCUUAGCGGCCCCACCCCCUGUGCGUAGAAAAAAAAAAAAAAAAAUUAACCCAAAGCAAGAUGGAGCAAACACCCGACGCUAAGGCUGAAGAAAUCGACUUGGAGAAAUACACCCACUCGGGGUCCAUCGCGAACACCACGCUGAAGAAGAUUAUUGAGAAGUGCGUGCAGGGCGCCAAGAUCCUCGAGCUGUGCGACUUUGGGGAGAAGGUCCUGAAGGAGGAGCUAGACAAAGUAUACACGAAAAAGGAAAAAGGAAAUAAAGUGGAAAAAGGGAUUAGCUUCCCCGUUACCAUCAACGUGAAUGAGGUGUGCAACAAUUACUCCCCCGCUCCUUCCGAAAAUGAAGAGACUUUAAAAAGUGGAGACAUUGUAAAGAUAUGUCUAGGCUGUCACAUAGAUGGGCACAUCAGUAUGGUUGGCCACACCAUCUACAUCGGCACCGAAAAUGAAGUCAUCGAGGGUCCCAAGGCGGAAGUGUUAAAAAACGCCCAUACUCUCUCCCAGCUAUUUUUGAAAAGCCUAAAGGUAGGAAUCAACGCCAGUGAUGUGACGAAAAAUAUUCAAAAGGCAUGCGAAGAAUUAAAGUGCACAGUAAUUUCUAAUUGCGUAAGUUACCAAAUUAAGAAAUACAUCCUGGAGGGAAGCAAAUUUAUUUUGUUGAAGGAAAACCCAGAAAAUAAAGUGGAGGAUUUCCAGAUAGAAUCAGACGACAUAUACAUCGUCGAUGUGAUGGUGACCACAGGAGAUGGAAAGAUUAAAGAGAGUGACCACAAGACAACUAUUUAUAAACGAGAGGUGCAGAAGAAUUACCAUUUGAAAACCAAUUUGGGGAGAUCCUUCAUCAACGAGGUUAAUAAAAAGUUCCCAGUUCUUCCCUUCCACGUUAAGCAUGUGGAAGAUCAGCGAGCCGCCCUCAUCGGCAUUCCAGAAGCCCUCAGACACGACUUAAUCAAACCGUAUAAUGUAUUCGCGGAGAAAAAAAAAGAAUUCGUUUCUCAGUUUAAGUACACCGUAAUGGUUAAGGAAGAGGGGAUUAAGCAGCUCACGGGGAUCAAGUGCACUCAGCUGAAUAACUGCAAGACGGUGAAUGAGAUUCAGGACGAGGCGCUGAAGGCCAUUCUGGCCACCUCCCUCACGGCCAAGAAGAAGAAGGCCAAGGGGGCCAAGCCCAGCGAGGAAACCUCCCAGGAGAAUUGAAGCAGCCGCCCCUUAGCCGCCGCGAGUGUGGAGCGAGGCGCCAGCAGGGGAAGCACCCCCGGGGGGGGAGGCAAUUCUAACAAACGCAACAGUCGCAGGAGCGGUUGCAAUUGUAGUGAUAGCUGAAUGGCAAGUGCGUGAGAAAAAAGGUUUCCCCCCCGCGUCCUUUUCGAUCGCGCGAGUGGUAGCCAGGUCGGUGGCCACGUCGGUGGCGACUUCGAUUGCCGCUUCGACUCCCUUCGCUCGCCGCAACCCCUGCCAGCAUAUAAUUAAAGCACAGCGAAAACGGUACGUUUGUUUUAUUUUGUUAACGUAUGUAUGCGUAUCAUUAUCAAUUUUUUCCCCUUUUUUUUUUAACUACACAUUUUUUAAAACAAGAAAAGUUUUA